CGGGACAAAGGGGAGCCGGACCUCGGGCGUUGGACGCGCUGACGGUGCACGUGGAUGGGGUACGGCGCUAGGGGGAAAUUAGGGUUAGGCUUGGCUGGAACUUGGUUUAGCCAUUGGGCCUAUCGGGCCAUCCGGGUUAGGGCUUAGUUGGGCUUAGAUUGGGUAAUUUAGGUCUGCUGAUUAUUUGUAAUUUGAACAUUAGAUUUUGGGUUUUAUUAUCAUUAACAGGUUUUCUAAAGGGCCGGGCAAAAUUGGGCCCGUACAAGCAUAAUUAAGGGUCUUUGUACUGUUGGUAAAGUGGAGGAUGGGAGCUUUUUAUUGCAGAAAAUGAACAAAGAUGGAGUUUUGGCUAAUUCUGUGACUUACAAUUCCCUGAUUGAUGGGUAUUGUAAAGUGGGGAGCAUGGAGAAGGCUUUGGAGAUAUGCUCUCAAAUGAACGAAAAUGGUGUAGAACCAAAUGUUAUCACUUUCUCUACAUUGAUUGAUGGUUAUUGCAAGACUGGAAACAUGGAAGCUGCCGUGGGAUUUUACUCCGAAAUGGUUAUCAAAGGUCUUGUUCCAGAUGUGGUGGCUUACACAGCUUUGAUUAAUGGGUAUUGGAAAAAUGGUAAUAUCAAGGAGGCAUUCCGGCUGCAUAAAGAGAUGCUGGAAUCAGGAUUAAUGCCCAAAGUUUUCACGUUAAGUGGUUUAAUUGAUGGCCUUUGCUAGGAUGGAAAAGUUUAGGGUUUUUUUAGGUUUUUUUUUUCAAUUUCUUCAUCCAACGUGGCAAGUUAACUGGCCUCAUCAGCUAGUCUACUUGCGACAUCAUCGGUUCUGUUAAGACACUAACGGAAACUGCUAGUCAGUAAUUGUUUUGUCACUUUUUUAUAAUGUUAGUGACUGUUUUGUUAUUUUUCAAAAGUUAGGUGAAUGAGAUGAAACCUAAGUGAUUAUUUUAUUAACUACCUUAAAGUUGGGUGACUGUUAAUAAGACAUAUUUU